AUGAGCUGGAAACAAUUGAGCAUUUACUGUUUUUCUGUAAUUGGACCACAAGUGUCUGGUUUGGAAGUGUGCUAUGCUAUCGGGUUGAUAGGCAAAGUAUCACCACUAUCGAUGAGUGGCUGCUUGGAGUGGUGUGCUUUUGUUUUUGAAGGAAAAAAUGUGUGCCCAAAACAAACAAUUGCUUGGGGCAGAACUCAAGCAGUAGAACUACUGGAGGUUGUCAAGCUACAUAGGCAUGGUGCGGAGGAACCUAGCUCGCGGGGGUCCGAAUCUAUUCAGAGGUGGCUCCCUCCCCCCCAAGCUACUCUUAAGCUAAAUGUGGAUGCGUCCUGGGACAAGAAGACUUUAUUCACAGGUCUUGGAGCGGUCAUUCGUGAUGAGCAUGGUGCUUUUAUUAGGGGAGCGGGAAAGUUUAGACUAGCCUCUUCUCCUAUUGAAGCUGAAGCUUUUGCAGCUUUACAUGGUCUGCAGGUCGCCUCAGAUUUGGGUUGUAUCCACCUUGAGUGUGAGUCUGAUUCAAAGGAGCUGGUUCAAAGUGUUAGUGGUUGUUUUCAAAAAGGUAAAUGGACAAUCUACCCAAUCCGUGCUGCUUUAAGGGAGAAGAGUAGACUGUUUGGCUCUUGCAACUGGAAGUGGAUUCCAAGGAAUGCAAACAGAGCAGCGGAUGCUGCAGCUUUAGUAGCGAAGAGGAAGAUGUGCGAUGAGGUCUGGAUCAGUAGACCCCCAUCCUCCCUGGUUUUCGUGCUCCAUAACGAUGGUCUUCCUUGUCCUCCACAAGUGUAA